UGUCUAUUUCAGAAAACAUUUACUGAAACAUUUGAUUUAAUCUGCAUAUGUUUUAUACAUUUGUGUUAUACACAGACCACAGACUGCUUCUUGUUACAUGAACAACUCAACCCUUUAUUUAUCACGGAAAAGUAAGCCGAUUAUGACAACGGGGGCUGAGGCGGAGUUCAAUCCCAUACUACGCCCUCAUUGGUCAGAUUCUUUGAAAGGCGUUUUAAGCAACCAAUCACAGUGUGCACAUAUCUGUCACUGUAUUUCACCGCUUGACACAUAAAAAAAAAAAAAAAAAAACACUCGUCUCUUUGAAAUGUUUUGAAAUGCUUACUUCCUGUUCUUUCGGGGACCUGUGAGUUAUGAGAAACCGCAGACUUCUGUUGGUGUCAAAAAACAGCGCAUGGGGAAACUUAUGGAGGAAGUCCGGCGCAGUUUGUCCCGUGUUGCCAGCACCUGUCGGAAUCUGUUGUUGUCACUCUGUGGAGCCGCGAGGAUGGACUCGCUGCCCAAGCGAUGCCACGAGACCGUUCUGACCUCAACGCUCCGCUCGUCUCUGCUUCUCACCGGUCUGUUUCUGUUCCUGUUCUUGUUCUUGUAUCCUGCACUGUGGACCUUCGGGGUUCGGCUCAAAUCGGUCCUAACCGGAAGUUACGUACCUGGCUACCACUCAGUUCUUCUCAUCAACAGCCCCAAUGAGCAAACUGCUAAAGAAAUUGGCAGGGGCAUCAUGGAAAAGCGGCUUGCAGCCAGCAUUAACAUCCUCUACAGAACUUCCACAAUGUAUUUUUGGAAAAAUGAGAUCCAGGAUGCGUCGGAAAUCCUGAUGCUGGUGAAAACAAAGAGCUCCAAGAUCCAGCGAGUCGUGGAUUAUGUGAGGUCCGUCCAUCCCUACGGGACUCCAGAAAUCCUCAGCUUCCCAGUGGAGGACGGCAGUCUGGCUUACCUGAAGUGGAUGGAUGAAGCCGUUCCGGACGAUUGAGCCACACUUAGAACCAAAAACCCGCGCCUCCACAAGGACGCUGAGCCACGAGGACGCCCCGAAAUAGAGAAACUGUCGACUCCAAGGCCGGCCGGCCGGUCGGUACGAGGUGUGCUCAUUUCUGAAUCGCUCUGGUUUCAUCGACAGAAACCGGCGAUCCGAGUUAUUCAGUGAAUCACUUGAAGAUAAAACUGUCAGGAAAAGUCUUAUAUUUAGACAAGUGAGAUAAUAGACUUUAUGAUUCCAAUUCUACAUGACUCACAUUAUAGAAAUUCAUCAUUUAGACGUCUUAUAACUAAUCCCAGCAGAGGGAAGCUUUUGAAUGAGCCAACUUGAAAGUCUUUAAAUAGUUUUUAUUAUAAACUUUUGGUAGUGAAGUGCUCAUUUAAAAGUAUUAUUUUUACCAAAAAAGAAGUUGCAGUUUUCUUAAGACGUUCCUUACAGAAGACAAAAUAUAAAAUCUAUAUUUGAAGCCAAAAUGAAAAAAAAAACUCAAUUGCAAACAUCAAAUCUCUGACUAAAUAAUAUGGUAAAAACUUUUAUUUUUGUGGUAAAAUAUUAUUUUAGGCUGAUUUACUCCUGUGUUGUUCAUAUUAGAAUAACAGAAUUCAAAAAUGUAUUUUUGUCUGAGUUCAGGGAUAUUUUGGCUUCAAAUUGAAGCAAAAUGUUUAUUUAUAGAGGAUGUUCAAAGUCCUCAGUCAAGGCCAAAGUCGACAGUUUUUCUUUUUGCUCACUGGGUUUGAAACAACAUGUUUUAUUGUAAGAAAUACAAGUUUUAGGCACUUUUAGACAUCAGUAGUGGUGCAUUUUAAAUUAAUUUGUCUCUGAAAUAUUUGCAAUUGUCCAGCUUUUUAUUAGUGAUGUUAUACAUCGCAGGUCAAGUUUAAACUGGCUCCGUUUGAGCUCCUCUGGCCAGAUUGAACAAGUCAAUUCUUCAACAUUUAUUUAUUUUUUCUGGAUCACUAAACCUUUAAAGCACAUGUGUCAAGGCCCGGGGGGUAAUUAUAUCCAGAUUAUUUUAUAUUUUAGUAAUUAUUUUGUAACAUCGCAAAUUUAUCAGAAUAUAUAUUUUAACAAGAGCAAAAUAUUAAAAGUUAUUUGAGGUUUAGGUUGAUCUACUGUGUGUUUUGGAUUUUGGCCCCCUGUGCGCUUGAGUCUGACGCUGUAGAGGAUCACACGUUUCCACCAUCUGUAGUGAAAGUACAUAUGUACACACAACAAAUCUGUUACGCCUGCUUCCUUAAACAAGACACAUUUGUAUUUGAAUAAAUGUCAUAUUAUAUGUGCUAA